AACCCGGUUCCAGAUCUCACAGUUAGCCAACCGAACGGCACAUCCGGAGGCGACGCAAGCGAUCCGGACGAUAUGGCGCCGACGGCAAUGAGCCCAGGUUCGAGCGCGGCUGAACGAGUCUUUAAAGAGGUCGUCGAAAAGCGCUGCGUGGUGGUCUACACGGAUAGAGAUGCCGAGCUUCAGAAGAUUAUCGAUACAUUGACGAAUCGAAACGAAACAGUCGAGUUGUUAAAGAUUAGUCGAAUAGCAGCCAAAAACGUUUUGAACGUGGUACAACGCGAGCGAAUGCCACUGGCUUUUAUUAAGGUUUAUAUUUCACUUUCAUUUUCUAUAGUCCUGCUGUUAUUUUACCUCUGA